UGGGACAGCAGAAUUUUUCCUUUUUCUCAAUGGACUUAAAGGUGCACGAAAGCAUAUCAGGCAGCAGGACACAAACGGCCUUAGCAAAUAGUGAUUUGAAGUCCCAAGAAAGUAAUUUGCUUCAAACGGUUUUAUCAUCAGUUACCACUUCCUUUGAUGUGACUUUACUUAGCCAAGAAGAAACAGCCAGGAUUUCAGAAGGGAGAAGUACGCUGUUGGUAGAUGUCUCCGUAACAAGCAAUGAGGCGUUCUUAAGUGACAAUGAAUUUGUUAGCUCGUUUUCAAAGGCACAGUGGACUCCUCCGCUGAAAUCUUUUGCAGUUUUAACAGAUCAUCACUCAGUUAAUACAGUAGAGCCAUCAAGAGAAAUGUUAGAAACUGUGUUGCUAACACCUUCAUUAUCUGUCCUUUUUUCGCCAUAUGAUAUCUCAAAAACAGCACAGCAGAAGACUCCGUUGAGCGCUGUCCCCGAACGCAGUAACACUCUUACAGAACUAAAGCCUUUUGUACCAGAUCGUGAAACGCUAACAGCAAGCAGAGACUUGCUGUUGUACCCUCCAAAUGCAGCUAUUCAUUUCACUUCCUUCCCUUCAGAGAGUGGAGUUGUGGCACAGGAAAACAUUAAUGCGAGUUUAACAGCUCUGCCUUUUGGGACUGCUUCAGAAGGAUUGCCUCUUCAUCUCAAACUGCUGGGUAAAACUAGCCCUGAGAUCCCAGAUGCCACAGCACAAAGUGCAGACCUGUAUGGUGACGUUUACACCGAUGGGAGUACCAAGGCAGCAGAAUCUCUCAGUCUGAGGACAUACCCCACUCCAAGCCUUCCCUGGGCCAUGCCAACUUCAGCAGCCAGUGCUGCGCCUGCUUUUUUUCCUAUUAGUCUUCCACUUGUGUCUUUCCCACUUAACUCAGCUGCCAUUUCCAGGAACUCUAAUACAGUUCUUAAUGCCAGCCUGUUUACACGUGAAUUCUCCACUACAGCACCAAAUUUGCCUGCCGGUUCAGAAAUACCAAGUCAAUCAGAGCUUGUCAGUGAGCUCAUGAGUCCAGUGCCUUUCACGAGAUCAUACAGUUACUGCCUGUAUUGUGACUCAGUUUCACUUCUGCCAGAAGCAGGCUUUUCCCCGGAACAUGAUGUGGGCUCAGGCGAUUAUGUUGAAACUAUGUCCAUCAAAGCCUCUGAGGUACAAGGCGUAACUCCAUUUACAAGCAUAAUUACUGAUGGGUAUGAAUUAGAGGAACCUACACCUGAGAUUUUUGAUACUUCUUUUCCAUCAAGACCAGUUGUUUCAUUGUCUUCAAGGUUCGCAGAGAUCCCUGAUUCAAGCAUUUUAGUAAGCACUACAGGCACUAGAACACCUAUAACCAUUUCUCCUUCCUACCAUCAGCUCCCUGGAGGAAUGCCAUUGAAUAUCUCUGUUGCCCAGUCCCUCCCUAUUCUGGAAACAAUUUCAUUGACACUAAGCACUCAUGUGGAACUUCCUGGUGCCACCACCAUUGUGUUGGACUCUACCAUCAUCCCGAGUGAGCCAGUAGCGUCGUUUUCAAUCAGUCGGACAACUUUGCUGGAAUUGCCAGAAUUAAUGCCAUCAGAAUCUGUGGUUUUGCUUGACAAGACAUCUACAAGUGAGGAACCAUCUUUAAAGAUUUCAGAUUUUCCAUCCAGUCUUUUAUCAACACCGUUUCUUAUUGAAUCUAGCUACUUAUCUUUAUCAUCGACCAUGCUAGAUUCUUACUCUGUCAGGCAAGGUGAUUUAUCAACACUCUUACCUCAGAUCUUGUUGACUGGGACAUCAGUACUUUCUGAGGAUGUUACCAGCUGGGACUUAGCUGCCACUGUCAGCUCUGCCACUGACACCAAGGUUUCUCAGUUACAUCUCGGCCAAACAUCAUACGUUUAUUCAAAUGUAUCAUCCCUUCCAGAUGCACAUGUUCCUGAAAUAAUGCCAUCAUCAGAUUUUCCCUCUGGGUCAUCUGUGUUUCUGGAAGCACCCUCGGUACUGCCAGUGGGCUCUGAAGUUGUAUUUACCUCAGCUGUUACAGGAGCUACCUCUCAGUUGGAGCCUUCACUCUCCACCUCUCACUCCGUGGUUCCUACCCUGGUGCUGCCCACUUCGGACACCCAGUCUGUUACCAGCAGCAUCUUGCUCAGCGAAACAAAUCUGGUCUCUUUGUUUACUACCUUUCCAGCAACUCCUGUCUUAAAUGUAUCUUCAUCUCUGCUCUCAACUGCACUGGCUUCUGAUGAGGAUAUUGGUGCUACAGUUUACCCCACGCUGCUUUUAACAUCUCGCAGCGAGGGCAGUGCUCCCACAGCCUUUCCUCCCACAGACCCUGACAACCUCACAUCAGCCACCAGCACCAUCAGCGUGAUGCCCUUUCCUACAACAUCUCUGUCUGUGACUGCGGCAUUUACUCCCACACAGUUUCCUCCAACUUCUAGCCCUCCCACUGGAUAUGAAGUUCCAGCAGGAAGCAGUGUAACUGCUGGCACUGAUGCAUCAGCUCCUUCCACCAGUGUCCCCACGACCGCUGUCACCAGUGCUACAGGCAGCCAUGGCACAGCUGCUGCAGGCAGCCCAGGGACAUUCUCCUCCACCCCUGUGGCAACCACUACUCCAUCUGAACUGGUGGUUGUGACUUCUGCUGUGACUACUACCAGGCAGCCAUAUGUCUGCGACAUCACCAUUCCCGAUGCUUACUUAGUCACUGCAGUGCUGGCCCGAAGAGCUGUUCUACGAAAUGUCAGUGAAUCCAUCAGAGAAGUGCUCAGAGUUCAGUUCAGGAGAUCAGUAGAGUUAGAGGUUUAUAAAAUUUCCCCCAAAUUUGCUUUCUUGGUGACAUCAGGUCCUUUUGUUUACACGGCAAUAGCUGUCAUAAAUGUACUUGUGAACAGCAGUCUCCUUCGUGGUGAGGCCCCCAUGAUCCUCUCACUGCAUCCUUCUUUCACUGUGCCAGACAACAGAUUUCAAGUUCAGACAGUGCUUCAGUUUGUACCUAGAAAUAUGGAUAUUGGGUUCUGCAACUUUAGCCAGCGCAUUGAGAAAGGGCUGACAAUGGCAUUCCUGGAGGUGAACAAACACCAGGAGUUCUACAACUUCACUGUGCAGAUACUGAACAUAACUCUGAUCAGGCCUGGGAUAUCGUUUCGGCAAGGCCCCGUGAGCAUUGUUUUUGCCAUCCGAGAUAGAUCCGGUUUUCUAAACGGGUCCGAAGUCAGUGAGCAACUGAGGAACUUGUCCGUGGUGGAGUUCAGCUUCUAUCUGGGCUUUCCUGUGCAGCAAAUUGCUGAACCCUUUCAUUAUCCAAAGCUUAAUGUGUCUCAGUUGAUGAAAUCCUCCUGGGUGAGAACAGUUCUCCUGGGUGUCGUCGACCAGCGAAUUCAGGAGGAAGUGUUUCGGGCCGAGAUGGAGCGGAAACUUGCUCACCUGCUGAACGAGGCUUUGGUCAGAGGGCGGAUAUGGAGGCGAGCCAGCUUUGCAGGAAGCAACAUUGUGCAGAUUGUGAAUGUGUCACGAUUAGUUGGUGUUGAUAACCCUGUGGAGCUGAUAUAUUUCGUGGAAGACCAAGAUGGAGAGAGACUGAGCGCUCUGAAGUGCUCAGACCUGAUGAACAGAGUUGAUAUCCAGCGGGCUGCAAUCAUCCUUGGAUACCGCAUCGAUGGCACCGUUGCACAGCCUGUGGAGAAGCUGAAGGAGUCCGCUUCAGAGUCGCAGAACAGCAACCUGUGGAUUAUCGUUGGUGUGGCAGUCCCAGUUGCUGUGGUGCUCCUGAUCGUUAUUAUUUUAUACUGGAAACUUUGCCGAACAGACAAGCUGGAGUUUCAGCCAGACGCAAUGAGCAACAUUCAGCAACGACAGAAGCUACAAGCCCCCAGUGUGAAAGGCUUUGAUUUUGCUAAGCAGCAUCUGGGCCAGCACAAUAAAGAUGAUGUCCUGAUUAUCCACGAGCCAGCUCCUUUACCAGGACCUAUUAAGGAUACUACCCCAUCUGAAAAUGGAGAUGUGCCCAGCCCCAAAUCCAAGACUUCCACAAAGCCUUCAAAGACUGUUCGACACAGAGGGAGAAUUUCGCCAUCAGAUGCUGACUCCACAGCCAGUGAACAAUCCAGCGGGAGAGAGACUGGAGAGGAAACUGCAAGACCAUCAACUGCAAACGAGGGCAAACCACGCAGAGCAGUGAAGAAAGGACCCCCUCAGACCAGCAGUGGAAAUGAGCAGCACUCCUCAGCCUCCAUCUUUGAACAUGUGGACAGGAUGUCUCGCUCCUCAGAUGCCAGCAGACGGGUCCCAAGCAAGAUCCAGCUGAUUGCUAUGCAACCGAUGGCAGCACCUCCGGUUCAGAACUCAGUGCUUUCUGAUCGAGUGGCAGAGACCAACAAAAUUAAUAAAGAGAUACAGACAGCCCUGAGGCAUAAAUCUGAGAUCGAGCAUCACCGCAAUAAGAUUCGCCUUCGCGCCAAGCGUAAAGGGCACUAUGAAUUUCCAGUGGUGGACGACGUGGUGGUGGUUGACUCCAAAGAACAGCACAGAAUAUAUCGCAAGGCACAGAUGCAGAUUGACAAGAUCUUGGACCCUGGAGGCAGCGUGCCUACAGUCUUCAUAGAGCCCAGGAAGAGUUCUCGUGCAAAACGUUCUCCCAAGCAGCGCCGGCGACAUCAGAUAAAUGGGAGUCCGAUUGAUGCCGAAAAGGACAGGUUAAUCACAACUGACAGUGAUGGGACAUACAAAAGGCCUCCAGGAGUCAAUAAUUCUGCAUAUAUUUCUGAUCCAGACUUGCCUCCUGAACCUCAGACAUCAUCUUCAGCCGAUCUGGGGAAGUUCCCUGGCUUGCCCUCCCACCCGGUGUCGCAGUACGUGCCCCCGCAGCCGUCCAUUGAAGAGGCUCGGCAGACCAUGCACUCGCUGCUGGAUGACGCCUUUGCGCUGGUGGCUCCCAGCAGCCAAGCUGCCAAUUCCACGGCUGUGGCACCGCCCGGGGUCUCUGCAGGACAGCCGAGAUAUAUGGAAUUUGGAAUGACUCCGCCAACAGCACCAGGUCUCCUACCAAGACAGAACUUUGGACCAGGUUUCCUUCAACCUGCAGAGUUAAUGCACCCUGAGCAGCCACCGCCUGACGUUCCGUAUUCCUCCAGAGGGAUGUACUCAGAGGAAAUGCCCUCAGUGGCACGGCCACGGCCCGUUGGGAGCACUGCAGGUUCUCAGAUACAGCACCUCACUCAGGUGGGAAUUGCUAGCAGGAUCGGAGGUCAACAAGUGGAGAUCCCCUCAGGCAGAGCAGGGCAUGGCCAGCCGGGGGGGCCAGGGUGGCCCCAGUACCGUGGAGAGGAUGAAUGUGCUAGGCGAGAUGCAACGCAUAUGCAUGGACACCAAGAAUAUUCCUCCUCACCAGUAUUCCAGAUGCCGAGGACUUCAGCCAGACAGCCCUCAGCACCUCCUGCUCAGCUUCCACACAACAGCCUUCAGGGCCAGGGCCUUUGCUACACCACCAGUUCCACUGAGGACCUCCAGCCAGGUCACUCAUCAGCCUCUCUUAUCAAAGCAAUUAGAGAAGAACUUCUGCGACUUUCUCAGAAACAGACAACAGUGCAGAACUUCCAUAGCUGAUUUAGCAUUCCGUUGCAAAUCUGCCAGGUAUCUGCUUCCUAUGGAAGCAAACACUUAUUGGAAAUCAGCAAUGUUGUUCUCUCAAAGGAAGGAACUUUUACAGCUCUGUUGACAACACUCUGGAAAAACUGAAGAAGACAGCAAAAUGAAGAUAGUAAGGAGAGAGAGAUGGGGGACAAACAGGGAAAAUCAUCAGUGUCAUCACAAGUAAUAUUAAUUAAUCUACUAAUAUUACGAUGCUCCUUCUCUCUCCUUACCCUCGUUCAACCUAACAUAUAAAUAAAACCUUAGGUCAAGAACUCAAUACUCCAGCAACAAAACAAAAAAAAGACAGGAACAAACUCCAAGUAUGAUGGACUCCUUUUUCUAAGGAAGUAGGUGAUGUUUUGAAUAAACUGAGAUGACAUUUUGCAAGAGAUUACAAGUAUUCUUAUCUCUCCAGUGCUUAUGGGGAACUGGUUUGCAUUGCUGUUCUGCAGGAUUACAAACUGUAUCAGCUCAAGGGUCUUGAAGGUCCAAUCCAACAUAAGAAUCACUUUGGUUGUCAGGAACAAUGGGACUGCUUAGAAUAAAAGUCUUUUUUUGAGUUACUUGUAUCAAACUGGAACAAUAAUUGUUAUAGCUCUGUGGUUCCGAAUGGAGCUACCCUCUGCACUCUUCCUUGUUUUCCUUCUGGUGCUGAAGCUUCAAGUGUUCCUUCAUCUUCAAUGUUUGCAAAGUGAAACAUUGGCCUUGUAUAACUAAGAAAAUAUCUGUAGACUCAUUCAGGCUGGAAAAAGAAAACAAAGCAUCCAAACAGAAAGGGCUUGGUAUCUAAUUUGUUUAAAAAUUAUUGAAAACUGGAAGAGGAAUACUCAGCCACAGUUGAAUUUGGGGAAAUGUGUGUGUAUAUCUCUAAAAAAUAUAUUUACAUGCUAAAUGCUCUGGCAAGACCAGUGAUAAAAUAUUGCCACUCUGUAGUUUGCUUUGUGGACAGAAACCAAUCCAGCCUGACUGGUACAGGGUCACCAGCAUUACAUUAUAAAUUGAUGUCCUAAAUCAUUGCUGAUGUUUGGAUCUGAAUAAUUUUAGUGGAAGUCAGUGACAGUUUAGAGCAUUAACAUAGGCUUAGAUUUGCAGUUUUGAGACAGUUUCUAUAUUUAUACUUGUUUCCACUGUCCCUUUGGACAAAAGGUGAGCAUUAUCCCCAUGGUAAAAAUGGUACGUGCCAUGGAACUGUUUGUCGCUGUUUUUUUCAGAGUUUUAAUUUAAUAUUAGCUACAAAUUUACUAAUAUUGGCCAUUGCAUAACUGUAACUGACAUAAUACAUACGGAAAUUUUACUUAAGUCACGAUUUGUUGGAGUGUGUUCAUUUUCAGAUCAAACUGAACUAAAGUUAACAACCUGGCGCAGAGAUAGACUUACCCUCUGUCAGUGUUUGUGAGGAUUUUUGGGAGCCGUACCCUAGAAGAAUGAAAAGCAAAACUGUUAUGUGCUACAGUGCAGGUAUUUCAAAUAAUAUCAGGUUAUAGUCAUAAAAGGUCUGAGGAACAGAGGUCUGCCAGAGAGAACACUGGGCAGUUGCUCUGGGUAGGGGCUGCGUUUGCCUCACUCACUGGGGUAGAAAUGGCACUGGUAAAAUACAGGUGUGUAACACUGGUGUGGUAUGGUGGUCUUGGGCUGCCAAAUCUGUUCCUGGUUCCAGUGCACAGUUCAAUAGCUGUGACAGGACUAACUCAGGCUGGAAUGAGAACAGGUAGGAGGACACUGGGGAAGAAACCAACUACAUACAUUAUUCAUGAAGCUGGUACACCAAACUCAUUGCUGAAGCCAAAACCUCAGUUGCUCACUGAUGUGGAAAAAAAAAUGUGGUAUGUUUCCCUCUUUACUAGGAAGAACAGUUAUUUUUCUGUUUACUUAUGAUCGUGAAAAUGCUGUAUGAAAUUGUUUUGAGCGGCUUAGUGCAGUGAAGCAGUCUAAAUUAGUUUCCAGUUCCUUGGCCAAUGUGUAAAGCCCUCAGGGGCACCGGUUGAGGUGUGAAUGGGAUCAGAACACCAGCAUGGUUGUGAACAGCAGUACCAACAGGUUCUUAUGAUUUAAAUUUUUAAAGCUUUUUUGUGUGAUAAUCAACUCUAGGGUAAAAAUAAACAUUUGUUUUCUGCCAAGUUUGUAAACAUGGAUAUUGCCAAUAAUUCUGCAAAAUGUCAGGUUUUGAAGAAUGAAGAGUGUAUCGGGCAAUGUUCAUUUGAUCUUUUUGACAGUGCUGAAGACUGACUUUUCCUAAGUGUUCCCAUUAAAAUCAUCUGUGUCUGAGCCCACUUUCUUCUCCAGCUUAAUUCUGCAGUGAGCUGAGACACCAGUGCUUAUAAUAUUAACAUAUUACCAUGGCUUCAUUUCAAGAAAAUGUGGGCUUCUAAAAAAAUAAAUUAGUUUUCUGGUUUCAGCUAUUCAAGAAGGACUGUGAAAUAAGAGUUUUGAAAUUUAGAGGUACUUAAGCCACUUCUUAUUCAUUUUUUGCUAGUGGUGGUGAUGCUAUUGUGAAAUUCCAUCUUUUUAUAUAUGGACGAAGAUCCUUUCUCUUUUCAGUCUCAAAUCUUAUAAAAAGCACGGGACACAGGACAAAUAUAUACUGGUAAAUAAAAGAGGCUUUCUGAUACAAGAAUCCCUCUUUAAAACCUUGGGCAGGACAGUAAAAUAUAAGAAGUCGGAAAGCUGUGUUUGGAAGUUAUGUUCUCAAAUUGGUUGGAUCCAGUAGUAUGGCAUAGUUUGUAUCUUCAUAUAGUAAGAAAAGUAGCACCAGUUCCAAGAAUGGUCUUAACAAGGGAGACCCACACUUUACUUUCUGUAGCUACAGGAAAAGCUGGGUUUGUUUUCCAUGCGCUAAGAAAAAAGGAUUCUGUGGAAUGCAUGAGCCAAAAUGUGUGUUUCCACUUGGAUAUUCGGGGGAAAAAAUCUGUAAGCUUCUGUAUCCCCAUGGGUUUGAGCUCUUUUGCCAGUUCUUUUUAUUACCCUGUUAAAAGGGAGGAAAAUAAAACCCAAACAAACCUUUUUUUCCUGAAACUUAAAGUACCCUGAAUUUAAGUAUCUGUUAAUGAAUUUACCAGUUUCUGAAAACACUGAUCGAAUGAGAAGUUGGUACAGGCACAGAAAGCUGUUACCAACAGUUGCAUCCAUUUCCAUGACUAAACCAUCUGGUUCAUGGAAUCUUCAGGGUCUUCCCUUUCUUCACAGUUUUCCUUGACAUUUGUGUUUUGUCUGUGUUUAGUUUGGCACAUAGAAGAAGUUGGCAAGAUGAGAGCUACAUAAUUUAGCUUGGUUGGUUUCCUUUCCGUGGCCAAGAUGUUGACCCCUAGCCUGCUUCUUGAUUAUUUUUGGAGCUAAGUGAAAUGUUACGGUUAUUUUUCGUACACUGAAUUUGAAAGGUGGGGCACACUUCAGUACUAUAAAAUAUUCCCUACCAGGAUGUAACACAUGGUCCUGCCAGUGACUGUGGGCAUGUAACUGAGGAAAGAAAACCUUGCUUUUUGGAGGAGUGAAGUGCAUAGGUGCUGGACUCAUAAUGUUAAUUAUGCACACUUUGGAACAGCAAGUGGAAUUUGACUGACCCUUUGCAAUGUACUGCCCUUGCAGUGGUUUGGAACAGGCUUAUAUAGUGGUUUGGGAGCAGCAGCAUCACACAAGGUCUGCCUAUCCCCUCUGCACCCAAAGAAGUGUUGGCUACCCCAAUAUCGUGCACCUUUAUGGACACACAUAAAAUACAAAGAUUGAUCAUCCAAAAGUGCAUGUUCCCAGUAAAUGCUGAAGCCAGUGCCUUUAAAUUAGACCAUGGACAGCAGGGUUACAGCAUUAUCUUAGAAAGAGGUUGUGUACAGGGAUGGUAACUUCCCAAGAACCAAAACAGCUGAUGCUGUUGUGUGUUAACUCAUGGCUUGAAAACACAUUUGAUGGAUUACACAAGGAAGCUGGUGUGUGUUCAGGCUCAAGUGAAGUCACCAAUUAUGUGAUGUGGAUGGCAGAAGCAGCUGAACUGACUUUUUUUUUAAGU